CCUCUCCAAGCAGGAGGAGGCGUUGAUAUGUAUAGAGGAAAUAAUGAACACAAGAGAGAACAAGGACCUGAACAAGCGAUUCGACAUGCACCUGCCAUCGCCUGCGGUUGUUUUGACUUUCCUUGGCCUGCUGCAUCAUGGAUUGGAAGGGCACUUUCUGCCCAAGGGUGACCUGAGAGACCGUGCUACCGAAGCCCACCAGUCCACUUCCGACUCCAGCCCUGAUCCUCUCCGCACCCUACUCAGUUCCAUUUCCUCCAAAUCCCCCCAGCCCCAGUUGCCCGCAAAAGGCAUUUCCUGUGAAGACUUGAUGCCUGAUGCCCUAGGCGACUUUGCCAACUUGCCCCAGAAGUCCCAGAACAUCAUUCGAGCUGCAUUGACACUUGCCUUGCAGGGUGCCGGCUGCAGCCAGCAUGCAGAAACCCAGAUCCUGCAGCUCCACAAGGAGCUGGGACAGGAAAGUGCUGAUGACUUGCUGCUUAUGCUGGCAGGGGCUUUGGGCACAGCUGAUUCCCCUGGGGAGAGCAACAAGAGUGUCGCCUUACACUUCAACCUGGAUCAGCUAGGCCCUCUACAAGCUCGGCAUUGCCAAGGUCUGAUGCGAGUUAAUGGAUCUGCCCUGCAAGGCCAGGUGCAUGGCGUCUACGGAGGUUUUCAGGAAGCUGCUGCUGCUUGUCAACGUCUGGGAGACUCUUGUGCUGGAGUAGCCUCCGACGGCACCGGUUCCUUCCAAGUGGUGGAUCAAGCCGGAAGUUACUUCCUGCCGUGCAACAGUACCCAUUCCUGGUUGCAUCAGUGUCACAGGCUCGCAAGAUUCCGGCGUUCUACUGGAUGUUUGAGCAAAAAGGAGGAAGAUGUACAUUCUGUGGUGGAGUGGAUCCCUGCAGUCAGCACCUAUUACAACCUCGGGUCCAGCAUAUACUAUGCAGCUGUGGGCUGCACGGACCUAGCAAAAGAUCGUGCUCUAGAGGGGGUCAUGGACAUAGGCUAUGAUGCGCUGGUAGCUAUGACAGGUGGGGCAGGUACCGUUGUUCGAGUGGCAGCUGGAGCAGCAAUAAAGCCAGCAUACAAAGAUGGUAUGCGUAGGUUGAUCAGCCUCUUCACCCAUGAAGAGCCUUAUCCAGUCCCCACCAGCUAUUCCGGCCCAGUUACCAUCAUCUAG